AUGACCACGCUACUCUUGGUUUUCGUGACUCUGCGGGUCCUCGCGGCAGCCAGGGCAGAGGAAAUGCCAGACCAUGACAACGCGCUGAGCGUGAGCAUCCCGCAGCCAUCCCCGCUGCGGGUCCUCCUGGGCUCCUCCCUCACCAUCCCCUGCUACUUCAUCGAGCCCGCGCACCCCGUGACCACCGCCCCGUUCACCGCUGCGCUCGCCCCGAGGAUCAAGUGGAGCCGCGUGUGGAAGGAGGAGGAGGUGGUGCUGCUGGUGGCCACCGAGGGCCGCGUGCGCGUCCACAGCGCCUACCACGACAAGGUCUCGCUGCCCAACUACCCCGCCAUCCCCAGCGACGCCACCCUGGAGCUCCAGAGCCUGCGCUCCAACGACUCGGGCGUCUACCGCUGCGAGGUGACGCACGGCAUCGCGGACAGCGAGGCCACCCUGGAGGUGGUGGUCAAAGGCAUCGUGUUCCACUACCGCGCCAUCUCCACGCGCUACACGCUGGACUUCGACCGGGCGCAGCGGGCCUGCCUGCAGAACAGCGCGGUGAUCGCCACGGCCGAGCAGCUGCAGGCCGCCUACGAGGACGGCUUCCACCAGUGCGACGCCGGCUGGCUGGCCGACCAGACCGUCAGGUACCCCAUCCACACGCCCCGGGAAGGCUGCUAUGGAGACAAGGACGAAUUCCCCGGCGUGAGGACCUACGGCAUCCGAGACACCAACGAGACCUACGACGUGUACUGCUUUGCGGAGGAGAUGGAGGGCGAGGUCUUCUACGCCACGUCCCCAGAGAAGUUCACCUUCCAGGAAGCGGCCAGCGAGUGUCGCCGGCUGGGCGCCCGGCUGGCCACCACCGGCCAGCUCUACCUGGCCUGGCAGGGCGGCAUGGACGUGUGCAGUGCGGGCUGGCUGGCGGACCGCAGCGUGCGCUACCCCAUCUCCAAAGCCCGGCCCAACUGCGGGGGCAACCUGCUGGGCGUGAGGACCGUCUACCUGCACGCCAACCAGACCGGCUACCCCGACCCCUCGUCCCGCUACGAUGCCAUCUGCUACACAGGUGAAGACUUCCUGGACAUCCCUGAAAACUUCUUCGGACUGGGCGGCGAGGAGGACAUCACCGUACAGACGGUGACCUGGCCGGACCUGGAGCUGCCGCUGCCCGGGAAUGCCACGGAGGGGGAGGCCCGGGGCAACGUGAUCCUCACCGCCAAGCCCCUCUUCCACCUCUCCCCCACCACCCCGGAGCCCGACGCCCCCUUCCCGGUCGCCCCUGAGGCCACCAGGCCCUGGGACCUUCCAGAAGAAUCCACGCCCGGGCUGGGCCCCGCCACGGCCUUCACCAGCCAGGACCCCGUGGUACAGGUGACCGUCGGACCAGGCGCAGCCGGGCUUCCAGGACAGCCUGGCUCAUCGGGGGGGGUGGUGUUCCACUACCGCCCGGGGUCCACGCGCUACUCGCUGACCUUCGAGGAGGCCGGGCAGGCCUGCCUGCGCACGGGGGCCGCCAUGGCCUCGCCGGAGCAGCUGCAGGCGGCCUACGAGGCGGGCUACGAGCAGUGUGACGCCGGCUGGCUGCGGGACCAGACGGUCAGGUACCCCAUUGUCAGCCCCCGGACCCCAUGUGUGGGCGACAAGGACAGCAGCCCCGGGGUCAGGACCUACGGCGUGCGGCCGUCAUCGGAAACCUACGACGUGUACUGCUACGUGGCGGAGCUUCAGGGGGAGGUGUUCUUUGUCACUCGUCUGGAGCAGUUCACCUUCCAGGAAGCCGUGGCCUUCUGCGAGUCCCAGAACGCCACCCUGGCCUCCACCGGGCAGCUGUACGCCGCCUGGAGCCGCGGCCUGGACAAGUGCUACGCCGGCUGGCUGGCAGAUGGCAGCCUGCGCUACCCCAUCGUGACCCCGAGGCCCGCCUGCGGCGGGGACAAGCCGGGCGUGAGGACCGUCUACCUCUACCCCAACCAGACCGGCCUGCCCGACCCGCUGUCACGACACCACGCCUUCUGCUUCCGAGGUGUCUCAGUGGCGCCCUCUCCGGGAGAAGACAAGCAUGGCACAGCCACACCACCCACCGGCCCCGAGGACUGGAUCGUCACACAGGUGAGGCCGGACGUGGCCGCCGUCCCCCCAGGGCUGGACAGGACCCUGGCCCCCAGCUCCACCAUCGAGCCCGAAAACCAGACUGCAUGGGAGCCAAUCGACACCUCGGUGGCCACAGCCUCACCAACAGGGACCCCUGCCACGUGGACUGCCAGUGGCCCAGAAGCAGAGAGCACCACGGAAGGGGCCACGGAAGGAGCCACAGGCGGACCUACUGCCACUGCUGCUGAGCCUGUGGAACCCUCUGCCUCUGAACCUCCAGAGGGGCUGUCCUCACCGUCACCCCGCGGGACCGAGCCGCCUCUGCCGGGCUCUGGGGAGACGUCGGGGGCCCCUGACCUCACAGGCAGCGGAGAGGCCUGGGGAGGCCCCGACGCCAGCGGCCAGCCCUCAGGGGGCGCGGGGAGCGGCCAGCCCUCCGGCGACCUGGACCUCCACAGCUUCACCUCCGCAGCGGGCUCCGGGGAGGAAGACGGUGUAGAGCCAGCCAGCCGGCCUGGGGUUGGCAGUCUGCCCUCUGCAGGCCAGGGUGCGGACGGCUCCACCUCCGGAGCAGAGGACCUCAGCGGGCGGCCUUCUGGAGAAGAAGGUCUAGAAACUUCUGCCUCCGGACUAGGGGACCUCAGCGGGCGGCCUUCUGGAGGAGAAGGCCUAGAAACUUCCACCUCUGGAGGAUGGGAUGUCAGUGGGUGGCCUUCUGGAGGAGAAGGUCCAGAAGCUUCCACCUCUGGAGUAGACCUCAGUGGAAUUUCUUCUGGAAGAGAAAAUCUAGAAACUUCUGCUUCUGGGAUAGAGGAUCUCCAUGUGCUUCCUACUGAAAAAGAAGGUCUGGAAACUUCCACCUCUGGAGGAUGGGAUGUCAGUGGGCUGCCUUCUGGAGGAGAAGGUCUGGAAACUUCUGCAUCUGGAAUAGAGGACUUCAGUGUGCUUCCUACUGGAGAAGGUCUAGAAACUUCUGCAUCUGGAGCCGAGGACCUCAGCAGACUUUCUUCUGGAAGGGAAGGUCUAGAAACUUCUACUUCUGGAGAUGAGGGCCUCAGUGUGCUUCCUACCAGAGGAGAAGGUCUAGAAACUUCUGCGUCUGGAGCAGAGGACCUCAGCAGACUUUCUUCUGGAAGGGAAGGUCUAGAAACUUCUACUUCUGGAGAUGAGGACCUCAGCGUGCUUCCUACCAGUGGAGAAGGUCUAGAAACUUCUACUUCUGGAGAUGAGGGCCUCAGCGUGCUUCCUACCAGUGGAGAAGGUCUAGAAACUUCUACUUCUGGAGAUGAGGGCCUCAGCGUGCUUCCUACCAGUGGAGAAGGUCUAGAAACUUCUACUUCUGGAGAUGAGGGCCUCAGCGUGCUUCCUACCAGAGAAGGUCUAGAAACUUCUGCGUCUGAAGCAGAAGACCUCAGUGUGCUUCCUACUGCAGGAGGAGAUCUGGAGAAUUCUGCGUCUGGAAUUGAGGACCUCAGCAGGCUGCCUUCAGGAAGGGAGGGCCUAGAAACUUCUACCUCCGGAGCUGAGGACCUCAGUGGGCUCCCUUCUGGAGGAGAGGACAUGGUGGGCUCUGCGUCUGGGGCCCCAGACUUGGGCUGGCUACCUUCAGGAACGCCAGGAAGCGGCCAUGCUCCCGAAGUGAGCGGCCUCCCCUCUGGAUCCAGUGGUGAGUAUUCUGGAGGGGACCUUGGGAGCGGCCCAGCCUCGGGCCUGCCUGACUUCAGCGGCCUCCCCUCUGGACUCCCGACGGUCUCCCUUGUGGACGCCACACUGGUGGAAGUGGUCACGGCCACCACGGCCAGCGAGCUGGAAGGGAGGGGGAUCGUCAGCAUCAGCGGUGCUGGGGAAAUCUCCGGGCUGCCCGUCGGUGAGCUGGACACCAGUGGAUUUGCUUCGGGAGCCGAGCUCAGUGGCCUCAGCGGGGAAGCGUCUGGACUCUUCAGCACUAGUGGACAGUCAUCUGAGUUUCCUGACCUGAGCGGAGAAGCAUCUGGAACUUCCGAGGUCAGUGGGCAGCCAUCAGGAUUUCCUUACGGCAGCGGAGAAGCGUCUGGAGUGACGGAGUCCAGCAGCCUCUCCUCUGGACAACCAGACGUGAGCGGAGAAGCUUCUGGAGUUCUUUCUGGUAGUGGUCAGCCAUUUGACAGAACAGACCCGAGUGGAGAAUUCUCCGGGGCUCUCGAUCUCAGUGGGCAGUCCUCGGGGGUGGCGGGAUUUGGGGAAGCCACCCCCCAAGUCCCUGAGCUGGCCUCUGGGGCUGUGAGCGGCAGCGGCGAAUUUUCUGGCAUUGUGCUCGUGGACGCCAGUUUGGUGGAGGUAACCCCCACUCCAUCUAAAGAGGAAGAAGGCUUGGGGUCUGUGGAGCUCAGCGGCUUCCCCUCUGGGGGGCUGGAUGGCAGUGGACAUUCUUCUGGAACAUUCGACUCCAGUGGGCUUCCAUCGCGAGCUCCGGAAUUCAGCGGCCUCCCGAGCGGUGUGGCCGAGGUCAGCGGCGACUCUUGGGGGGCCGAGGCCGGGAGCGGGCUGGCGUCCGGCCUCCCCACCGUCUCCCUAGUGGACAGAACUUGGGUGGCAUCUAGAACCCAGGCCCCCACCGCCCAGGAAGCUGGAGAAGGGCCCUCGGGCUUGUGGGAGCUUGGCGGGGCGCACUCCGGAGAACAUUCUGGAUUUGUGGACCUCAGCGGGCUGCAGCCGGGACGGGAAGCGAGCGGCGGCGACCCACCGAGCCCUCCCGAUUCCAGCGGGGACUUUUCCAGCCCCGCCACUGAUCUAAGUGGCGACUCCUCAGGCCGCGCAAGCGCCAGCGGAGACGCCUCGGGGUCCCCGGACAUCACCUGGAUCGCUUCCGAGUUGGUGGAGGGCGUCACCGAGCCAACCGUUUCCCAGGAGCUCGGCCGGGGACCCCCCGCGACACACACGCCCCCAUUCUCUGAGGCCAGCGGGGAGGUCCCGGUGUGGAGUGGAGCCACGCCAGCCUUCUCCGGGGCCGGGGUAGAAGCUUCUGUGACCCCCGAAGCUAGCGGCGGGUCAUCUGCCUAUCCUGAGGCCACGGUGAACCCCGAGGCCAGCAGCGAAGCGCCAUGGUCCACCCCCGCUGCCUUCCCAGAAGCCGGGCUGGCCAGUGCCUCGGGCCUGGGGGCCAACGGCAGCCCUUGGGCCUUUCAGGAAGGUUCCGGAGUGGGAACAGCCAGCCCAGAAGUAAACACAGAGGUCACCACCGGCUACGAUGUGGACACAGAGGCACCGGUCGCUCCCUCCGCUUCUGGAGACAGGACCGAGAUCAGCGGAGACCCGUCUGGUCACACCUCAGGCCCGGACAUGGACAUCACCGCCAGCAUCGUGGAGUUUGUGCGGCCGACAGAGGGCCCCGCAGAGGCGCAUCUGGAAACUGAGUCCCUGAGUCCCUGGCAGACAGAGGACCAGACCCAAACCUCCAACACGGCCGCUGCCCCAACAGAUGCCUCCAGCCCUACUUCUCGAACACAGGGGUCAGGGGAAGCAGAGUGGACCGGUGAAGACGUGGAUGAAUGCCUGUCAAGCCCUUGUGUGAAUGGAGCCACCUGUGCGGACACCGGCGCCUCUUUCACAUGCUUAUGCCUUCCCAGCUACCGAGGGGACCGGUGUGAGAUUGACCAGGAGGUGUGUGAGGAAGGCUGGACCAAGUUCCAAGGUCACUGCUACCGCCACUUCCCCGACCGCGAGACCUGGGUGGACGCGGAGAGGCGGUGUCGCGAGCUGCAGGCUCACCUGAGCAGCGUGCUCACUCAGGAGGAGCAGGAGUUCGUCAACAAAAACGCUCAGGACUACCAGUGGGUCGGCCUGAAUGACAGGACCAUCGAAGGGGACUUCCGCUGGUCAGAUGGACACCCCCUGCAAUUUGAGAAAUGGCGUCCCAACCAGCCGGACAACUUCUUCGCCGCGGGCGAGGACUGCGUGGUGAUGAUCUGGCACGAGGCGGGCGAGUGGAAUGACGUGCCCUGCAACUACCACCUGCCCUUCACCUGCAAGAAGGGCACGGUGGCCUGCGGUGCGCCCCCCACAGUGGAACAUGCCAGGACCCUGGGCCAGAAGAGAGACCGGUACGAGAUCAACUCCUUGGUGCGGUACCAGUGCACCGACGGCUUCGUCCAGCGCCACGUGCCCACCGUCCGCUGCCAGCCCAGCGGGCACUGGGAGGAGCCGCGUGUCACCUGCACAGACCCCACCGCCUACAAGAGUAAACGGCAGAAGCGGAGCUGGCGGCCAACAGCCCGGCACAGCCCGCCCAGGGCAGCGCACUGAGAGAAGCUUCCAGAACGUUGUCGUACCCAGGAUGCUGAGCCCGGGGGCCCCCCCACCCAGACAGCGUCCUCUCCUGGUUGCUUCUUGUCUUAUAAGGAAUCCCAUUAAAGAAGGAAACACGAAACCCGACAUCGCGUAUGCCCACCCACCGCCAUGCCCCCCAAAACUGCAUCUAAUUUGUCCCCCCACCAAAAGCCAAAGCCAAGCAAACUCACUAUUAACCCAGAGACUGGGGUGAGAGAAAUUCUUCAGUCAGUCCAUCCGUCCAUCCGUCCAUCUGCCCACCGUGCCUUUCCAAGAACCAGCACAGGGACAGGGGAGCAGGGAGGGGUUAAGUUAAAUAAAGAAGAUUAUUUUUUUGUUCCCGGACUUCACCCCAGCCCCAUCGGGUCGGUCUUUGUUUGCCCG